AGUUGCCAAGCUGGACGAGUUGGGCUCUGACCGCUCGAGAACAGGCUCUCACACGCCGCUCCCUCUUGGGUCCAUUCAGGAGGAGCAGUAUGUAGGUGACGGAACCAAGGAAGCUGACCCUCUGCUGCCACACACUGCCUAUCGGGACGCAGAGACCAUCACCGAUGUGUGUAACAGCACCGAGCUCCCUGAGGUGGAGAUCAUCAGCCUGCUGGAGGAGAGGCUCCCAGUGUAUAAGCUGAGGGCUGACAGUGUGUAUGGCUAUGAGCACGACGACUGGCUGCACACUCCUCUCAUCUCUCCAGACACACACAUCGAUCUGACUGCCGAGCAGAUCGAGGAGACCCUCAACUAUUUCUUGCUAUGCGCUGAACGAGUGGGCCAGAUGACUAAGACCUACAAUGACAUCGACGCUGUCACCAGACUUCUGGAGGAGAAAGAACGGGACCUGGAACUGGCUGCUCGGAUUGGCCAGUCCCUGCUGAAGAAGAACCGGACUUUAUCUGAGCAGAAUGAGUACCUGGAGGAACAAGUGGGGAACAUCAGAGAGGAGGUGGCCCAGCUCCAUCAUGAGCUAAAUCUAAAAGAUGAGCUUUUGCAGUUCUACACCAACGUAGCAGAGGAGAGUGAGGAGGAUGCCACAUCUUCACCGGUCAGAGGUCAGCGUGGCAGGACACUGUUGCCUUUCCCAAGUGGCUCCAGUGUGGAUGUGCUGCAGAGGAAACUCAGAGACCUGGAGGAGGAGAACCUCUCUCUCCGAUCAGAGGCGAGCCAUCUGAAGUCAGAGACAGAGACGUAUGAGGAGAAAGAGCAGCAGCUGGUGAACGACUGUGUGAAAGAACUCAGACAGUCCAGUCUGCAGAUCUCCACCAUCGCGGAGGAGCUGACCAGGAAGACGGAGGAUGCGGCUCGCCAGCAGGAGGAAAUCACACACUUGCUUUCGCAGGUUGUCGACUUGCAGAAAAAGGCCAAAACGUAUGCUCUGGAGAAUGAGGAGCUGUCUCAGCAUCUGGUGGCAGCCAAAGACGCCCAGAAGCAACUCACAGCCGAGCUUCAGGAGCUUGGAGAAAAGUAUUUGGAGUGUAUUGAGAUGCUGCAUGAGGCUCAGGAAGAGCUGAAGAACCUGCGGAACAGGAGUGUGUCUGCUGGAACACCGCGGCGUUUCCAUCCUCUUGGACUGUUCCCUAUGGACUCUCUGGCUGCUGAAAUUGAGGGAACUAUGAGGAUGGAGUUGAGUCACGAGCAACCAGAACACGAGGAGCAAAAGGUGCGUCAUAAGCGUGUGUUUGAGACGGUUAAAAACGUUAAUCAAUCAGUAAGGCAGCGCUCGCCGGCUCCGCCUUCUGCUAAUAUCCCAGGGUCCAAUCAGACGCUCUCGUCUCUAAGUUUCGCCCUCUCUGACAGCAACACUGACAACACUGCUUCCCUUGAUAACCGUGAACAGAGCAUGCUUCUGGAGGUGGAGUCGACAGAUGCCAGCCCUGAGAAACGUUCCAGCUCAGAAGACCUGAAGUUGGCAUUGCGCCGACUCUCACUGCGCCGACAGAACUGCCUGAGUGAGCGACGUUUCUUUGAGGAGGCACGUGAGAGGAGGCACCAUGAUGCUCCCCUUCAUGGCAUCGUGUCUGGAGAGAGCAUCAUGUCGCUGGGCUUGUGGUCGAGCCGGCCGUACCUCCCAGACAAGCUGCAGAUUGUCAAACCAUUGGAAGGCUCCGCCACCUUGCAGCACUGGCAGCAGUUAGCUCAGCCUAACCUAGGCGGGAUUCUAGACGCCCGUCCCGGUGUCGUCCCAAAGGGUUUCCGUCCCCUGGAACUCGAUCUAGAGGAGGUCUAUCACUACAGCGACUAUGAGGAGGACGAGCCGGGAGAACAGUACUUCCAGAACCUUCCCACCACUACUACAGCCAAUCCUGGUAUUGGCCACGCCCCCUCUGCCUCUCCGUCGCCCUGCCUCAGCACUGGCCAUGCCUCUGCAGAGUUCUCAGUGCACUACCCGGGUAAGUGCAUGGCCCACACCAGUUCCACCUACACGUUCACUACCUGCAGGAUCCUCCACCCAUCUGACGAGGUCACCAGAGUCACGCCCAGUCUAAACCCAGUCCCUACCUCCUCAUGUGUGAUGUCGUCCAGCCUUCGCUCCACCCCUGCAGCCACGCCCUGCACACCACGCCGCUUAAGCCUCUCCCAGUCCCAGUCCUUCACCAACUUACGUGACUCUACUAAGACCUUUAGCACGUCACUGGGGUUAGUGCGCCUCCUACAGGAGCGCGGGAUCUCUGCAGCCGUCUAUCAGCCACGUAGCUGGGACAGGGCGAGUGGGAGUGUCCAUUUAUCCACCUCCAUCCUCCCUCCAUCAUCCCCUCCGGACUCUCAGAAACCUUCUACUCCACCAAACUCCCCUGCCCGACACACUCCUAGCCCCCACGCUGUUGAUCCGGACAACCCUGCUGACUUUUCAUUCAAAAGCCCGUCCUAUGAGAACUUCUUAGCCUCUAAGCCGGCACGGUCCAUUCUGAAAGAGGUGGCGGGGGGGACCCAGGCGAGGGAUUGUGAGAGCCAGACGGAUGUCAGUGUGUACAACCUGAACCUGGUGGAUAAGCUAAAGAGGCUUGGGCUGGCAAGUCCAGGAGCCAGUGGGAUCUCAGGGCCGCGUCCCAUACUGGGCUCUCUCGGUGGCCUGAGGAGGACGGGCUCUCCCUUUACACCCCUAAACGAAGGGUUAAGGCGCAAUCGGAGCUACCCAGCUGUGGUCGGAGCAAGCAUGGCUAUGAAGGGCCCUGGACCCCAAGGAGACGAGCUGAUCCUAGCUCAGAAACUUCCCAAGCAGACUAGUCUCAAAUAGACAAAAUAUAAACACUCAAUCUACUGUAUUAUAUGUAUUUAAGUGUAAGUUAUGCCCUCCACAAGCAAAAUUCAGCCUAUUUGCACUAGAGCAUGCUCUGACUUGAAAACAGAGUCUUCUCUUAUCUGCACAUAACCCUGUGUAUAUAUAUAUAUAUUCCACACCUUAGUGUGUAAGGCCCAAAGUAGAGCUUCAUCACCUUCCCUCACAGACACUUAGGGGGAAAUACCAUAAAGAAAGAAUCAUCAAGCAUUAAAACAGGCAAAAUCAUUAUCAUUUGGCGUAAAUACAGCAAUUUCACCAGUAACACAGCAAUUACACCUACACUUUAUGGCCAAAGGUAUGUGGACACCUGACCAUCACACCCAUAUAUAAUAUGCUUGUUGAAUAUACCAUUCCAUGGGCAUUGAUUUGGACUUGGUCCUCCUUUUUGCUGUUAUAAUAGCCUCCACUCUUCUGGAAAGGCUUUCCACUAGAUUUUGGAGCAUGGCUGUGGGGAUUUGUGCUCAUUCAGCCACAAGACCAUUUGUGAGAGCUACAGUUCAUCCAAAAGGUGUUCAGUGGGAUUGAGGUCAGGGCCACUUAUGCAGGACACUUAUGUUCUUCUACACCAAACUUGGCAACCGUAUAUUCAUGGACCUAUCUUUGUGCACAGGAGCAUUGUCAUGCUGGAACAUGUUUGGACCUCUUAGUUCCAGUGAAGUAAAAUCUUAAUGCUACAGCACACAGGACCGGGGUGGCUGUGGCUCAGGUGGUAAAGCGGGUUGUCCACUAAUCGUAGGAUUGGCGGUUCAAUUCCCGGCCCACAUGACUCCACAUACCGAAGUGUCCUUGGGUAAGACACUGAACCCCAAGUUGCUCCCCAUGGCAAGCUAGCUACCAUUGGUGUGUGAGUGUGUGAAUGGGUGAAUGAGACACAGUGUAAAGUGCUUUGGAUAAAAGUGCUAUAUAAGUGCGCCAUUUACCAUUUAUUUACCGCACAAAGUCAUCCUGCAGCAAAUUUGGAAGCGGACAAUUGUGCAACAGUUUGGGAAACACCACAUAUAGGUGUGAUGGUCAGGUGUCCACAAACUUUUGGCCAUAUAGCGUACAUAAGGGGUGAGCAAUAUAGCAAUAUUUUAAACCAAUUUUCAUGAUAUAUGAUAAGCAGGGAUCUAUUACAGACUGGGCACAUGUCCAUUUAAGCUGAAUUGAUUAGACUGACUGGCCAUUACACAAAGUCACACGCAACACCAAUCAUCAUCAGCGAGUUAAUACAACAUGAACCAAUGAAUGUAAAGCCACUGAUUCUGAAAUAAAUUUGGAAAUGUUAUUGGUGUGUGGGUCUGAAUUGAUAAACGGUGAAUAGUCACUUAUGUCCUAACUAUUUAGAACUGGAUCUAGAUAAAUGGAUUAAAGAACAAAAACAUGGAAAUCUCUAAACUUAAAAAGAAAUGAGAAGCCAGCCAUCCUCCAUUUUUAAGUGGGCCGGAUUAAAAAUGA